GGGACGGGGGACGUGCAAUCCUGUGGAUAAGACAUGGAUAUGCAGCUACUAUACGGUACACUCAUACACUCGCUCGUACGCACGUACGGAGAUUCCUCUUGCGUCUGGCGAUUAUAAUACAUUCAUACAUCCCCCGCGUCGUACGUGUUUUUGGAUCUCUAACCUCUGUCCAUCAACUGUGCUUGCAUCCCCCCAAGCCCUCAAUCGCAACCUCCUCCACCGCCUCUCCCUUUACCUUCCUACACAUCACAACCUGGCGAGUACGAUGACUCCCACCACCCUCGGAGCAGAAAAACAACACGGCAGCAGCACCGACACGAUCAGCAAGAUGGACGGCGUACAACUGAGCCGCGGCGAUACCAUCACCAUGACACCAGAGCUGUUCGAGAAGCUGUAUUUCUCACCGCCAAACGUGGUCAAGGGAGACCUCCGAAAGACGUUUGCCAAUCCUACACCAGUGGCCCUCGCUGGAAUGUGUCUGACUUUGACACCACUGGCAUGUCAACUCGUGGGCUGGCGAGGAGCGGACGGAAGCGGUUCUGCGAAUAACGGUGUACACUUCUUCUGCGGAGGCCUCCUCAUGUUGGUCGGCGGACUGUUCGAGUUCGUUCUGGGCAACACAUUUUCGUUCGUGGUCUUCUGCUCAUUCGCCGGCUUCUGGCUUUCCCUCGGCGCAACACUCGCCCCCGGCUUCGGUGCCAUCUCCCCCUUCGUGACCGAAGCCGGUGUCGGCGUGGACUUCUACAACAGCUUUGCGUUCUACUUCCUCUUCAUGGGCCUCCUCAGCUUCAUCUACCUGAUCUGCUCAGUGCGAACGAACGUGUUGAUGGUUGGGAUAUUCCUCGGGCUCACGAUCGCGUUCCCGCUGCUGACGGCGGCGUACUGGAACGUGGGCGAGGGCAACGCCGCCACGGCUGCAACACUCCAACACGGCGCGGGCGGCACCCUCCUAGUCGUCUCCGGCCUCGCUUGGUACGCCUUCUUGGCUGCUAUGCUGCUCUCGGUCGACUUUCCCAUUGAUCUGCCGGUCGGCGAUCUUAGUACUACUAUCCGUGGGAAGAGUGAUCGCGCGGCGAAGGAGCAGCGCGGCGAGUGAGAUGCUGGGGGGGAAGCAAAAGGGUUUGGGGAUUAUUUUCUUCUCUUCCGCAGGGAUGCGGGAGGGCUUGCUACCACGAGGAGGGAUAAAGAGGUCACUGUCUUUGCCGUGUAUAUAUGUAGGGUGUAGUGUAGUGUAUUGCAGUGUAGUGUACCUAGUUUAGUGUUUAGAAUCAUCACGAAGAACGACAACUUUCAAGUUACG